AUGGUUUAUCUAUUCGACUUUCCCGCGUUUUUCAUUCUUUUACGCCAAACUCUUGAAUGUAUCGUAAUCCUUUCUGUCUUGUUUGGGUUCAUAGACCAACUCUUGCCCAAUAAUGAUUUAUUGAAACGAAAAUUGAAACGAAAUAUCUGGGCUGGCAUAAUUGCCGGCAUAAUUGUAGCAAUGUUGAUCGGUGUUCUCUUCGUAGUCUUCUAUGUUGAUGCGCGUAAUCUUUGGAGAGAAAUCAAAUUGAUUUGGGAAGGCACAUUUUACUUCAUCAUCGCAAUCAUCAUUACUUUUGCGGAUUUUCAUUUGGUUAGAAUCAAUCAAUGGGAACCUCAUCUAAAAGAUGCGGUUAACGUUUAUCUUGAAAAACACCAGAUAUGUAAAAAGUGGGCCUUGUUUUUAUUGUCUUUCUCGUUAGUACUACGCGCGGUUUUCGAAUCAAUCGUCUUUAUCGCUGGGAAUGGCUUCAGUACUUCAAGAAUAUCUUUACCAGCUAUCACGGCAAUUACGAUUGGGAUCAUUAUUGGAUACGUGAUUUAUUGCGGUUCACUUGCGAUGAAUAACACAACUUUUUUCACUGCAAUGAUCACGUUUCUCUUCUUCAUCUCGGCUGGCUCAUUUUCAAAUAGCGUCGGUAAAUUCCAAACGAAGAUAGGCAAAAUUGAUAAGAAUGACAUCAUCUGGGACAUCGAUUGUUGCAUUAGUGACGGAUGGUCAUUUCUCAAUUCAUUAUUCGGGUUUCGUACGACCGCGACCGUUUGGACGACAGUCGGCUAUUUUAGUUGGUGGGCAAUGAUCAUUAUUGGAUUAUUGUAUGUUCAUUUUGACGAUAAACGACGUGUAUCGACCAAUAACAAAUGA